AUGGUAGCCCAACUGAACCAACCACCCUACCCUCUUCACCCCAGCGUCAAGGACAGACUGCAUCCCGACUACGUCGCCUUUUACAACAAGUACAUCCUAAACGCGCAACAGGUCCACCAUCUGCCCGUCUCGGUAGCUCGAGGCACCCCGGGCGUGCCUCCCUGCCACAGCAGACCGCUGCCCGUGGGCCGAGUCCAGGAUGUUUACAUAUCACGACGAGAGACCGUUGGGCCCAACAUCCUCCUCCGGUGCUUCACCCCACCGGGUACACCCCCUCCAUCGGGCUGGCCACUCGUGUUGUAUUACCAUGGCGGAGGGUGGGUAUUCGGGGAUAUCGACACCGAGAACACCGUUUGCACAAACAUAUGUGUGCGUGCUCAGGCUGUGGUGAUCACCACCGAUUAUAGGCUCGCGCCCGAGGACCCUUGGCCGGCAGCUAUCCAUGACUCGUGGGAAGCCUUUCUUUGGUCGACGGCGGCGCAGGGUGAGGCGCGACUCGACUUGGACCUGGACCUGAACAAGGUCGCCAUCGCGGGGGCGUCAGCCGGGGCCAACAUCGCGGCCGUGAUUGCGCAGAAGGCGGUGCUGCGACCGCAGCCGAAUGUGUCGAUUCGGUCGCAGGUGCUGGUGGUGCCCGCGACGGACAACACGGCGACGCCCUACUCGAGCCCGAGCUGGAAGGCAUACGAGUUCACGGCGCACCUUCCAGCCAAGAAGAUGCUAUGGUACCGGCACCACUACCUGCCGAAUCCGGCGGAUUGGUCACACUGCGAGGCGUCACCCUUGCUGGCGCCGGACGACGUCUUUGCGCGCCUUCCCCCGGCGUACAUCAUCGUGGGGGAACUGGACGUGCUGCGGCACGACGGCGAGGAGUACGCCCGCCGGCUGCAGGCCAACGGCGUCGCGGCCGAGGUAUGCGUGAUGGACGGCAUGCCACACCCAUUCCUGGCCAUGGAUGCUGUGCUGGAGGCCGGCAAGACCGCCAUCACGAAUAUAUGCGUCGAGCUGCUGGGGGUGUUGGCGUGA